CACUGGAUACGCUUUAACUUUACCACGGCAAAAUGUCAAACUUGUCAACGAUGCACAUGUUUCGGAGAAGUCCGCCCGCACGCGCUUAGCACUGCAAUCCCACUGUAAAAUGCAAGAAUCCUGUAGUGCUCCAAGCGCAGAUGGAGCCCAGUCAACCUCCUGGGAGUUUAUACCUCCCGAGCUCCAGCAGCGCAUCGCUUCCUUCUUGCCCUCGCGCAACUAUGUAUCAUGCACGCUGCGCCUGAUAAACAAGCAGACCAAAGCAGCGUUUCCAAAUGCCGUCCGGAUACGACUCAGCCGCCCUGUUCCGCACCACGCCUUUCUCUCUCGAUGGUGCCAGCCCGACGUCUUGCGCACGCUGCCGCUCAAAACGCGCCGCCAGCUGCUCUGCCUCACUGCCGCCUCCGGAGACGUCCAAAACCUGGACGCCGCGCUCUUCGCCCUGGGCUGCCUGCCCACGUUCACCGACGUGGCGGCAGCGGCAGCAGCCGCCGGCGCCCUGCCCGCCCUGCGGUUGCUCGCCUCCCGCGGCUGCUGCCUCGAGGGCAGCAGUAGCAGCCGCAGCGGCUACGGCGGCCGUAGCUACGUGUUGGCGGCGGCGGCGGCGGCGGGCCGACGGGACGUGUGUGCCUGGCUGCUUGAGGAGGCGGGCGUGGGCUGGAGCCGGGAUGUGGUGUUGGCGGCCGUCCAGGCCGGACACACCGCCACCGCCGCCUGGCUCAAGGCCUGGCCCAACUCGCACCAGGCCGGCUGUAGCAACGCCAACAACAGUGGCAGUAGCAGCCGCAGCAGCGGCAGGACAGGCGGCGGCAGUAGCCCUAGCCCCGCAGCAGGGGCAGGCGCAGGCGCAGGCGGCUCCGCCGGAGCUGCCACGGCCACCGCUGGGGCUGCUACAGCCGCCGCCGCAGCUGCUACCGCCUACGCCGCGGCAGUAGCAGCGCUGUACCAUGAGGAUCCCUGCGGCCCCAGCUACGGCCCCGGUGUGCGCAGCUGGGAUCCGGAGACGCCGGCGGUGCGGGCCAUCACACUGCUGAGGGCGGCGGCGGAGGGCGGCAGCGCUAAGGAGCUGAGGGCGGCUUACGCCUCCCUGUGGGCCGUGGCAGGCUUCGCGCCGCCACCGCCUCUGCCAGUGGUGAUGGGCGCCGGAGGCUUGUUGAAUGGGGCUGGGGCGUUGGGACUGGACGGGGCGGCGGCGGAUACUGAGGAGGAGGAGGCGGCAUGGGCAGCGGAGGCGGAGGCGGAGUGGCAGCUGCAGCAGGAGCUAGGGCUGGGGCUGGGGCCGCAGGGGGAGGAGGAGUACGAGUAUGAGAUGGUGAUGGCGCGCCGGUCCAUUCUGGCUGCCGCCGCCGCCAGCCCCACGCCCGACUGGCGGGCCAAGGUGCUGUGGCUGCGCCGCCGCCUGCGCUUCCCAGCAGACAGCGCCGCGGUGGCCGCCGUUGACGGCUGCGCGCGCCGCCGCCGCCGCCCGCCACGCUGCUACAGCGGCAGUACCGGCGGCGGCGCUGACGGGAGCGGGCGUGGCGGCGUGGAGGCGGCGGGGGGCGGUGCGGUGGUGGCGGGGGGAGGCGGGUUCGCAUGUGGCACGCCUGAUGUGGUCGCAGGGGCCCUUGGCGGGGUCCGCCAUUAUGAUGCCGUGGCGGCGGAGGAGGAGGCGAUGAACGCUGCAACCCUGCCAGAGGACAAGCCUCAUCAUCAGCAGCAGCAGCAGCAGCAGCAGCAGCAGCAGCAGCAACAGCAGCAGGCGGAGGAGGCAUCAGCGGCCGCAAGGCUGGAGUUCCUACAUCAGCAGCUGGGCUGUACACUGAGCACGGGCACGUUGUACGGGGCGGCGCUGGCGGGCGACGUACCCGCUCUGUCGUACAUCGCGGCGGCGGCGCCGGACGUUGUACGGCUGUACGGCGGGACGCACGUGCACGACAUUGACAUCGCCUCCGCCGCCACCGCCGCCGCGGGCGGGGGUCACCUGCACGUGCUGCGGUGGAUGGCGGCGCGCGCGGAGGCGGAGGAGGAGGAGGAGGAGGCUGUAGCAGCCGCGGAGGCAGCCGCGGAGGCAGCCACGGAAGCGGCAGUAGCAGCAGGAGAUGUUGCGGGCCCAGGAGGGAAGGUGGCCCAAGGCGGACACGCUGAAAGCGUGGAAGGUGGUGGUGGGGUGGUUGCCGCUGACGCGCUGUCGCACGCAGGCGACUGGCUGCGGCCGCAGCAGGCGAUGGCGGCGGCUGCGCGCGGCGGCCACCUCCACGUGAUGCGCUGGCUAGUGGACCAGCACCACCGCGCCCUUCAGCGCCGAGACAAGACCGGGGGCGGGGGCGGGGGCUGUGGGGAUGUCAGCGAGCUGAAGGACGACAUUGUGUUUCGCACGGCCGUGCCGGCGGUUGCCGCCGCACACGGCGUGGCUGGCCUGGAGUGGCUUCACGACUGGUACGGCACUGGGAAACAACAGGGGAAGCCGCUGACGGCGCCGGCGACUGGUGGAGGCGCCGAGGCAGUAGCAGCCGGCAGUAGCAGUAGCAGGAGCAACAGUGCAUGGAGCGGCAGCGGAAGCAGCAGCGGCAGUAGCAGGCAUGUGAGCAGGGGCGCCGCGUACGCGGGCUGCGGCUGUUACUGCGACGAGAAGGCGUUUGUGGGUGUGGCGGAGGCGGGGUGCGCGGCGGCGCUGGAGUGGAUGGUGGCGCAUGGCUGCCCCAUGCCGUCCGACGGGGAGCCCUACGUGCACGCGGCCCGACUGGGCGACAUGCACACGCUGGCGGCGCUGCGGCGGCUGGGCUGCGGCUGGGGCGGCAGCGGCACCUUCCAGCGCGUGCUCAACAAACUGCUUGGCACAGCGGGACUGCCCGCCCACCGCAUUGUGGUGAGGCGGCGGCGGCAGCAGGCGGGGCCGGCGGCGGCAGCUGGGGCGGGCGGUGGGGGUGGGGGUGGGGGUGGUGGGUGGGGCCCGGUGGAGCGGCGCGUGGAGCUGGUGCUGGAGGGUGGCGGCAGCGGCGAGGGAGGGAGCGCUGGUCGCUGGGGCGAGGGCGGCUUUCGCGUGAGGCUGCAGGCGCUACAGCUCGCUACUGCCGAGUUUGGUGGCGGCGACGACGGCGGCGGGAGUCCCGGCGCUGCUGCAGCCACAACGGUUACCACGGCUACACCGGCUCAGCCUGCUCCGGAGGUGCCGGUGCCGCCUCGGCGGUGGACCUUUGCGACGCUGCCGGCGCUGCUGCACCCGCUGCUGUGGCUGCUGCGGGAGGGCUGCCCGGUCAACUGGGUGCUGGCGGGCGCGGUGGCGAGGGCGCAGCAGCAGCGCGCCGCGGCGGAGGCGGCGGCGGCGGCGGCGGCGGCGGAGCAGCAGGGCAAUGGCGGCGGCACUGGCGGGCACGGCGGCCCCGGCAGCAGUGGCAGUAGCGCCUGGGGUAGGGCGGGGGCUGCGGGCUCGGCAGUAGCAGGCGCGGGUGCGGGUGUGGGUGCGGCCGGCGCUGGGGGUCAGGCGGAGGGCGGGGCUGUCACGCAGGACGAGGAGGACGAGAAGGAGGAGGUGGCACUGGACUUGUUUCAGGUGAUUUCGGAGCUGUUGGCUGAGUGGCAGCCCGCGCGGCCGCCGCCACUAGGCGCGGGCGUGGGGCCGGCCUGGGGCGCCGCGCCGUAGCUGCGGGGGGGGGGGGGGGGGAGUGACCCGUGGGGUGGUGACCGGCGUGGCGGCCUUCCAGACACGCCGCGCCGAUGAAGGCCCGGUUAGCUCAUUGCUGAAGCUCGGUACAUAACAGC